AUGUCCACGUCGGUAUGGCCUCCCAUAGCUCCAGGGGCUCUCCACAAGGAGGUACAAGCUACACUUGCACGUGAGCUUCAAUGGCUUCUUGCUGCGCUGCAGGAAACACUUCAGUCGCUCAAAGCAGGCCUGGAGGAAUGCGCCGAGCUACUCGCCCCUAAAGAGCCUGGCUCGACGCUUGUGCUGUCCUCUUUACGCUCUGAGAAUCUAAAAGGCUUCAUAACGCGUGUCGGGGCGCGGAUAGUGAAGGGCGACGUGCAUCUCCGCUUGCCCUCACUGCCAGCACCGAAGGGGCAGAAUAGCUAUAAGCUCUCCAUCUCUACCUCCGCGGCAGCGCCUACACUAGUCCUGGAUCAAGUGACAACAACCCGUACCCUGAUCAACGCAUGCCUCGACGUUGUGGACGCUACACGAUGGACCGGUGACCGGACGAAUGCCAACUUUAUCUCUAGCCAGCUGCGUCUACUUCAUGAAAACAUUCAGGAGGCCAAGGCUGCACUGAAGGGAUGGACUGACGAUCAGAAGCCGUGGAAUGAGGAGCCUGUCGACCCUGCUGCUUUCCAACCCCCGUUACCGAACAAUGUCUCAUUCCACCUCUCGAUCUCUGAAGCCGCUGUACUCCUGAAUGUGCGCACGCUGGAGGCGGCGUAUCCUAAUACUGGCACGAACACUCCGCUCUCAAUCGCAUCAGGCAUUGGGACGCCAUCUUACAGCGGCUUCUCGAUCCGUGAGCGCUUAGCGAAUGCACUUGGCGGGAGCAAACAGGCUUUCCAUGAUGAAGCGCACGAGGUCUUCCACUACAAAGGCCAGGAAGUGCGGGUCAGAGAUAAGGUGAGAGUGGAAAGUCAAGACCCGAGUUUGAUGGCCGCAAUGGCCAAGCUCGCAGCGCUUGAGCGUAACAUUGCUUUGAGCAGACGCGCGCUUGACGUGGUCAUGGGCAAAGAAGCCGACGAAGGCUAA